ACAAACAAAAAAGGUUACUUUCCGGUAUAGGAAUACCCAAUGUGCUUGGUACAGAUAAGGUGAAAAUGGACAGCAGCCAAAUCAGCCCACAGAUGAUAAUAACAACACCACAGCUCCUCCUCCUGACAAGACUGUGUCAAGAAAAGGAAAGAGAAGCACACUGACUAAAGAUGACGCAUCAAAAAAAGCCAGAAAGCAAGCAAACAAAGAAAACAAAGCAGAACAGGAAAAGAAGAAAGAGGAAAACAAGAAGAAGAAAGACGAAAACAAGAAGAAGAAAGAACUUGCUCUCAAGAGGAAUGCUGAUUUCCUACAAAAUCUGGAUGCAUUUAGACAGGAGACACAAGUACAGCCAACAACUCCAAGCAGCCAUGUAGCAGGGCAGCAGAACACCAGACAGAUGACACCAAUUCCCCAGCUGCCCCAACAUCCCAUCUCAGUGCAUCAGCCACCAAACAACACCCAGACACAACAGCAGCAGAACCCAAAUCAACAAACACUUUAUCCAAGGCAGCAACACUAUCCACUUCAGCCAAUCAACUCCCAGUCAUCAGAGAAUGUGUACCACACUCAGCUACUACCUUACCCACCAAUGCAUCAUUCAACACCGAUCACUGAUACGCCUCACAGGCCCUAUGCCAUUCACCCCACGAGGUUCAACCAGAUGCAAGAGCAGCCAUAUCAACCAGUACCGACUCCUGUUGCCCAACAGCCAGCAUAUACUUCCCAGUCAGCGCCUUGUCCUGUUGCCCCACAGCCAGCGUACAGUUUCCAGUCAGCGCCUGGUCCUGUUGCCCCACAGCCGGAGUACAGUUCCCACUCAGCGCCUGGUCCUGUUGCCCCACAGCCGACGUUCAGUUCCCAGUCAGCGCCUGGUCCUGUUGCCCCACAGCCAGCACCUGGUCCAGUUGCCCCACAGCCUGCGUACAGUUCCAAGUCAUCUAAUAGGCAGGCAGGCAAACAGUCAACAGAGUUUUCUUCUCUUGUUGAGGCUAUCCCUGGAAUGCCGUCAGCGGUGUCAGAGGGGGACGAGAUUUUAGAAAACUUCCUGAGGAACACUGAUGAUGCAGAAGAAAUUCAAGCUGAUGAGGUGACAGAUGACGUAGAUGUUAACAAUUACAAGGCUGCACUUGAGGCAAAAGAAAAAGAAGUGGCAGAAUUAAAGAGACAAUUAGAGGCACUGAAAGAAGAACUGGCAACAGUAAAGCAGAAUCAAGCAGGUAGCCAAACUGAAUUGAGGACCCAGAGUGAUGGGCUUCCAAGAGCUGGUCUUGUGCCAAAAGAAAUUGCAGAACGAAGUUCAAUGAUCGAAUUGAUGCCCAAUUCAGGAGUCUUUGUCUAUCCUAGAGACUUGCGUAUAGCCAGUAAGAAGACCAAUGGAACUUCAAUUGCUCGAUUCCUGAUGUCCGUAUUCUACACAUCCAAAGAACUGAUAGAGAGGGGAAACGUGAUGGGUGUAAAUGGAAAACAUGGGUUGGACAAGCAGAUAACAAAAGCAAUUCUUGAUUAUGCGGUCAUCAAGGGGAAGGAAACCGAAUCCGUCAUCAAGUGUGCAAUGCGAUCAAAGAUGAGUGCCUUGGUUUCCUUUGAGAAGAAGAAGUCCAUCUCGGUACAGAAGUAAGGACAUUUUCGUUUCCGACACUUUGUGACAGUGCCCCAACAAAAAACAAUUUGAUGACACUCUGCGAAUGUGUGGUGAAUUAAAAAGUUUACUAUAGAAAAAUAAGGGAAUUGAAAACAUUACAAGUGAUAUGCCAAUUCAAUGACCAGUCUUUCAUGUAUUGUUACGAUACACUUUUGUUUUAUGUUUAAUUAUAUUUAGCUUUUUUAUUCAGAUGUAUAUAUUUAGUUUUGUUUUUAACCUAGAACAUAAUAGUCGCUACAAUAGUACUACUGUUUGAAGGUUAUUCUACUGUUCAUGAUGCAUCAAUUUUUUUCUAUUUUGUAGCUUAGGGAUUUCAGUAUGCUUUUUUAUUUUGAUAAAACAUCUUUUUAUUAUGUCCAUGACUUUUAGCUUUCUAAACACUGUUAUUAAUAGUCGCUACAGCUUUAUGGUGUUUCAAUAGUACUAACUGUUGUAAAAUUUUGCACUCGAAUUUACCUCACCUCAAUAGAUGCUAUUUUGAUUAGAAGGUGCGUUUUUUGUCUUUCACUGAUAUACUGCUCAUUAUUUAUUUAUUUAUCUUAAUUUUAUUUAUUUUAGUUUUAUUUAUCUAUCAAUGUCUCUAAUAAAAAUGAAUCAAUGUGGAAUGACCAAUUUAUAAGGCUUUCUAUAGCAAAGUCUAUUUAGAUGUAAGACUCUUAGAGAGCUGAUUUUCAUAUGCAUGUAUUAAAUAAGAUCAUUGAAUCAUCCUUCAUUUUAACCAUACAUUUUGGUUUUCUUGGAAUGCGCCUUUGAUAUAUGAAAUAUUAUAAGAACUGUGUGUUUUAGAUGUAGAUGUGAACAUACCACAAGAAAUGUAUGUAUUCUUCGUUUAAGGCCAAAAAUUUAAAAACUUUUGAUAUGUAGG